UGGGGGGCUUCCUCCGCACCCCGGCACUGUGGCCCUCGCCCUAGCUGCAUCCUGCAUUCCAGCCCGACGGACCACCCGCCAUGAAGUCACCUGCCUACCGCUGCGACAACGCCACCUGGGUGGAGAAGGGCUACUCGGCGAUGGCGGGCGGGGUGCUGUUCAGCACGGGGCUCCUGGGCAACCUGCUGGCUUUGGGGUUGCUGGCACGCUCGGGGCUGGGGUCCUGCCGGCCGCGCCCGCCGCGCUCGGUCUUCUACGUGCUGGUGUGCGGCCUGACGAUCACCGACCUGCUGGGCAAGUGUCUCCUGAGCCCCGUGGUGCUGACCGCCUACGCGCAAAACCAGACCCUGUCCCGGCUGGCACCGACACCCAGCAAGUGGCUGUGCCAAGCCUUCGCCUUCCUCAUGUCCUUCUUCGGGCUCGCCUCGACGCUGCAGCUCCUGGCCAUGGCGCUGGAGUGCUGGCUUUCCCUGGGACACCCCUUCUUCUACCAACGGCACAUCACCCCGCGCCGGGGCGUGCUCGUGGCGCCCAUCCUGGGCGCCUUCUGCUUGCUCUUCUGCUCGCUUCCCUUCGCGGGCUUCGGGAAGUUUGUGCAAUACUGCCCGGGGACUUGGUGCUUCAUCCGGAUGAUCCACGAGGAGGGCUCGCUGUCCGUGCUGGGCUACUCGGUGCUCUACUCCAGCCUCAUGGCGCUGCUGGUCCUCGCGAUCGUGCUGUGCAAUCUGGGAGCCAUGCACAACCUCUACACCAUGCACCGGCGUCUGCAGCGGCCUGCGCGCCCUUGCUCCCGGGAUCGAGCUGAGCCCGCGGGCGGCGGCCGGACGGUGUCCCCGCACCCCCUGGAGGAGCUCGAUCACCUGCUGCUGCUGGCGCUCAUGACCGUGCUCUUCACCAUGUGCUCCUUGCCUUUAAUUUAUCACGCUUACUACAGAGCAUUUAAUGCUCUCAGCCAAGCCCCAGAAGAGCUGGAUGAUCUUCUAGCCUUGAGGUUUCUGUCUGUGAUUUCAAUCGUGGAUCCUUGGAUCUUCAUCAUCUUUAGAACUCCAGUAUUCCGUAUGUUCUUCCGCAAGAUUUUCAUAAGGCCUCUUAUGUAUAGAAACUGGUACAGCCACUCCUCCCAAACAGAAUCCAAUUUGUGACAGAGUUUUACUUUCUCUGGGAAGCUGAAGGAUAUAUUCCAUUUUCAGGAAAACAAACAAGCAUUUUAAAAAUGAAAAAGUUCUUAAAAGUUAUCUCCCAUAACAAGAGCAUCCAAAUGUAUUUUCAAAAGUGUUUAAUAUAUCUUAACCAUGUGUUGUCACGCUGUAUUUCCGAACCAUUUUAGUGCAUUUUUUUUUGUUUGUGGAAUUGACAAUAACUAAAAAUGCCUUUGUGGCAAAUAAGCUUAAGUCUCACAGGAAUGCUAUGAAUUUCCCCAACUUUAGUGUCCCCCACUUUUCAGAGUGGCCUUGAGGCCUACAAGGUUUUAUUUAAACUUAGCAGAAAUACCGCUGUUUACAAUAAUGGCAUGGUAAUCUUUAAAAUGCAUAAUAAUAUCUUACCCUAUUUAUUUCCAGUAAAAUCAGACCUUUGUAUAUCCUAAUUGUCCCUGUUAUAUUCAUUACCAAUUGGCCUAAGUCUAGCCUAGAUAAUUCCCAGAGAAGUAAAAUGAGGACCCAGACAGUGUCCCCAGCAACUGCCUGGGGUGCUGCCUUGUGAGAUUUAUUUUUGUGUAUCUAAAAGUACAGAAGGGUUGAGAUAUCACUGAAGUCCACAACUCAGGAAAGAAAAGAAGUGAUUAUCCUUUGAAGUCCAGCCUCUGGUGUACUGAAGCAGAGGUAUCAAUAGGAAUCAAUAUUUGGGAGUGGACCCCAAAAGUACUUCCAAUUAUUGGAACCCCCACCUCAUAGACUUUUAUCAUAUUGAUAGAUUGAUUGUUGGGCAUGUUGGGAGAACAGGACUUGUGACUUACAAGAGAAUUGUGUUGACUAAGUUUACCUGUGGAAUAGCACUUAGCCCAGCGGGAGGCCCUCCAAGGACUCAGGGUCGGGUAGAGCGUGACAAUGGCUCAAUACCUACCUUUGAGGCCCUCUACAGACACAUGCCAAUACCACUAUGGCUCCAGCGAUCUGUGCCUUCAAAUCAGAAGCAGGAUGUAGCUCAAAUGGAGCACAGUCAAGCACUUUACUGGUACACUGAAAAGUUUACAAGGUGGACAACACUACACCCAGGAAGAGAACCAUGGAGGAACGUGGCUGUGACGGAAGAGGCGGCCCCAGUCCAGCUUCCGGCAGGAGCUCUCUCUCACCUUUGGUGAGAGAACAGCUGUGGGACAUUUGUUCCCCACAACACCUGGACUCUGAGCAGGAGAGCUAUGGCAUUCCA